GUCCGGGCGGGGCCGGGCGGAACCGCGGCAGCUCCGGAACUUCGGGGCCGAGUUUUGGGGUCCCCCCGAGCGAUUUUUGGGGUCCCCCCCCGAAUUUUUUUGGGGAAUUUUUGGGGGGUCCCGAAGCCACUUCCGGGUGGUGUCCCCUCGGUUUGGGCCCCCCCGGGCAGCCAUGGCCGGGAAUUUCCGUUCCGCGCUGCAGGCGCUCUGUGUAAUGCAAUGGAUGAUGACCUUCCUCUUCCUCGGACCCGGCUCGGUGCUGCUCCUGCUGCUGCUGCUCCGGACGCGGCUCUGGCUGAUCCCGGUCACCUACGGGGGGUGGUGGCUCUGGGACUGGAACGGGCCCGAGAGAGGCGCCCGGCACUGGGACUGGCUGCGGAACUGGCGCAUCUGGGACCAUUUCUGUGACUAUUUCCCCAUCACGGUUGUCCGUGAGUGUCCCCUCCCCCCCGGCCGCUCGUACCUGCUCCCGUGCCACCCCCACGGCAUUUCCUGCAUCGGCGCUUUCGGCGCGUUCGUCUCGGGGGGCCGGGGGGCGGCCGGGACCCCCAAACCCAACGGGGGGAACUCGGGGCCGUGCCCGGGGCUCAGACCCAGCCUGGCGGCGCUGCAGGGGCUCUUCCGGCUGCCCCUGUACCGGGAGUACGCACUGGCUGCAGGUCUGUGCCCCGUGAGCCAGCGCUGCCUGGACGCCGUGCUGAGCCGGGACUCGCAGGCUCUGCUGAUCAUGGUCGGGGGCGCGGCCGAGGCGCUCGAGGGGACCCCGGGAUGUCACCGAGUGACCCUGAGCCACAGGCGGGGAUUUGUGCGCCUGGCGCUGAGACACGGGACCCCCCUGGUGCCCGUGUACGUUUUUGGGGAGCAGGACACUUUCGGGGUGCCCUCCCUGGCCGAGGGUUCGUGGCUGCGCCGCCUCCAGCGGGGGCUCAAGGGCAUUUUGGGGUUCGCCCCCUGCAUCUUCUGGGGUCGGGGGGGGCUCCCCCUGCUGCCCUUCCGGGUGCCCCUCACCGUGGUGGUGGGGACCCCCCUGGAGGUGCCGAGGGUCGCUCGCCCCUCGGAGGAUUUGGUCGCCCAUUACCACGGGCUCUACGUGCGGCAGCUGCGGGAACUUUUCGAGAGGCACAAAGUGGGGUGCGGGGUCCCCCCCGAGACCCCCCUGAUCAUCGUCUGACCCCCCAAAACCUCCUCAAAAUCCCCC